UGCAAACAGUGCGUUUGGCACUUGAAGAGGAUCAACAUGUUGUUGAAAGACUGCAUUCAUGUGCCUCGUCGCCAACCUUUUGUCGCCUCCAUUUUCGUUCGGGACGGCUUUGCAUGAAGCCAUUUUCGCUCAGUCCGUCAUGGCACGGCAAUUCCUGAGCCCUUCUGUCCUCGCCCGUAGCCUGGACAGUCCGGCGCGGCAUUCUCUUGCAGCGCCCGGCCUUGCUUUGCGCCCAGCGCAAGGCGUGACAACAGACGGCCGCAGUCUCCGCCACACAGCCACCUUCGCCGCGAGCUGCGUUGCAGCCACUGCGGCCUGUUCUUCCCGUCGAGAUCGCCGAGAGCGCGCUGUUCGGCACGUGGCGAUGGCUGCGGAACAGACCAUUGAGGCAAACCCUUACCUCAAGUCGAAAGUCGAGGAGAUGGUGGCUUUACAGCCUGUGAUCGUCUUCUCCAAGUCCUGGUGCCCCUUCUGCGCGAAAGCCAAGGCUGCCUUGGAGCAGGAAGGCAUUCGUUUCGCUGUGUGUGAGUUAGACACGCUUGGAGAGGAAGUUGAAGCUCAGGUGCAAGACAUCCUUCUGGGCCUCACCGGAGCGCGCACGGUGCCGCGUGUCUUCAUCGGUGGCCAAUGCAUCGGAGGAGGCACCGACACGGAGCGCCUUGCUGGUGAGGGCACCUUGAAGAAGUUGGCAGGUGAAGCCAUGGAAAACUUCAAGACCAAGCUCAGUGGCAAGGCCACCUUCGAGAUGGAUAAGAGCGACGAGGAGUGGCGCUCGACCCUGGAUCCCGAACGCUUCCAGAUCCUGCGCCGGAGAGGCACCGAGAUGCCGGGGUCUCAUGAGUACGACAAGUUCCUGCCCAAGGCCGGGCACUUUUCCUGUGGGGGCUGCGGCUUGCCGCUCUACUCGGCAGGGUCCAAGUUUGCAUCGCAGUGUGGGUGGCCAGUAUUCGACAAGUGCUACUCUUCGAAAGAUCUGGGGCAGCACGUGCUGGGCCAGCCCGAUGGCACCGGAUCCCUGGAGAUCGUUUGUGCACGUUGCGGCUCACAUUUGGGGCACGUCUUCUACGAUGCCAUCUCUGAGGCCAAUCCCAAUGGCGAACGACACUGAGCCAACGGGCUCUCCCUCCAAUACCUGGAGGGGGAGCCUGAAGAGGAGCUGACCGAGGCCAAAUUGAAGAUUGUAUAGAGGAAGUGUAUGGCAGGAAGGAGGGAGUCAUUCCACAGUAUUUUGUUGUGU